GGGGUGUAUAAGACGAGGUUGGCAGUGGCCUCUAUGCAGGGUAGGUACGCAGCCUCCUCCUAGAUCUCCCUCGCGCAUCCUCCCCGCCAGAGAAUAUGGGCGUCAUCAUUGAGAACUAUGAGCCUGGAGAUGGGAAGACUUUCCCCAAGAAAGGCGACUUCGUGACGAUUCACUAUACGGGGACUUUGUCAAACGGCAGCAAGUUCGACUCGAGCCGCGAUAGAGGGCAACCAUUUGUGACCCAGAUCGGUGUCGGAAAGGUCAUAAAGGGCUGGGAUGAAGGCAUUGUCCAGUUGAGCCUUGGGCAGAAAGCCCGUCUCGUCUGCACGCCAGAUUAUGCGUACGGCGCGCGAGGUGUCCCGCCAAUCAUUCCUCCCAAUGCGGUCCUCUUCUUCGAUGUUGAACUACUGAAGAUACGGAAGGCUGGGUGAUCAUAACGUCGAGUGACGGAGGCGAAGGAAACUAGUUCAGUGACGACUGAUGAUGGAUGUAGGUCCACGACUCAAAGUAUUCGGAUUACUACGGAUGUAUCACACUUUGUAUCUUGACAGGACUGCGACUCGAGUGCACUACAUAUCCAGACUGACAAAGACAUGCAACAGCCGUGCUCACUAAGCCCUCAAAACGUAUUCACAUUUCCCGAG